AUGUCCCUAGCACGAUUGCGAGAUGGACCGCUUAGUGAACGCAGGACUGCCAGAGCGGCAUCCUUGACCAAGCGAGCUGCCCGCCUGCGCGCUUUGAACCAAAUCACCCAAUCCAUCACUGAACACUGUGGUCUCCCUCCUGCUCUCAACCUCGAUUUUGAUUCUCUUCCCUCUCCUCCUCACACUCCUUCUGAAGAUGUUCUUCUCAAUUCCGCCGACCUGGAAAAAGGCCUCUAUUUUCAGGACUCAUUACUGCCUUUCUCCUUGGACGCAAUAGAACAGAAUCCUGCUAUUAAAGCUCUGGCCCGUCAGCAUGCGCCUCCUUCGCUCAAUUCUGGAGACAUUGAUAGCCAAUCUCAUGCCACGGCUCCCAUCACUAACUCAGAUACUAUCGCAAGCUCACAAGACCCCUCUGUUUCGGAAAAUGUUGACCUUGCACGGGCCUCUGAUGAUUCUCCAGUCAAUCCACCUGGUCGCGAAACCCAAAGGCAUCGUCCCCGUACUGUCCAUCUGCCCCCCAAGGAAGUCCAAGAAGAACGGUUCCGCGAGAAGCAGUUGCGUCAGGAAGCACGACGGAGAGAUGCUGCCGAAUCCGACAGAGCUCAAGGUGAAGCCGCGUCGUCGCCGACAUCUACUGCUGGUGCUCCUUCUAUGGCCACCCCUUUGCCCGGUGGCCACUCUCCCUUGACCAGUACUGAUGAGGAUGCCACAACUGUGAACCAGACGGUGGCCAAGCCUCCUAGCUUGCAACCAUCCGCCGAGGAAAUUCUUGCGAAAGAACAACACGACAAGCUAUUACAGUCACAGAAGGAAAUCGCGUACCAGGAAGCCUUAGGACAUGAGGAUGACUCUCCUGAUGUGCAGCUGCGUCUUGAGCAGGAACAGGCGGCAAAAGCGUCUCGAGAUGCAUCUUUGAACGCCAAGCCCUCAAUGAUCGAUUCUUCUAACAAUGUCAAUGCGACAAUACCAGCUAGUGAUGGAACUCAAUCUGUUGCGCCGGCUCAAGCUCACUCAACCUCACCUCCCGUUUCUGUUUCUGCUACUUCACAAAAGAAAAGAGCUCCGCGUCCAUCACUUGUCAACAUCAUGCCUCCUAGAGAUCCUGCACUUGCCAACGCUGUUGUCGAGACUUCAAGCCCUGUUCGCGUUCAAUCAACUUCGGAAGUGAACGAAUCAACAAGAUUGUCUCAUCCCGCUUCAAAGCGUGCUCACACGACAGGCGAGGUAUCGAAGGUGAAACCCGAGCAGUCGAUUGUAAGACGCCAACGAGCAGUCAAAGACGAGCCGCAGUCGCCUGGUUCGCUACGAUGCGCUGAGCUGAUGAAAAGAGAGGGCUACAAUGCUCUCAAGGGGGUAUCUGCCGAGCUCACAAGGGACUAUCUGGAGCCGCUUUAUCGUAUACAAGUUCACGAGCCUCCUAAUGGAAGACCUUUACACGAACUCUUGCAAAAAGCCAGCAAGGCUGUGACAACUACUGAGCAGUUUGCCGGAUACCACGAGAGACAGGACCAGCGCAUUCUUCGAAGAAUUUACCAACUACAAAAUGCGAAUCGCUGGUCCCUCAGGCAGAUGCAGCCUUGUGCUGAGCCAGCUGCCCCCAAAACACACAUGGACCAUCUCAUGGCUGAGAUGAAAUGGAUGAGGACUGAUUUUCGACAAGAGCGCAAGAUGAAAAGAGCCACAGCCAAAUUCUUUGCGGAGCAAUGUACAGAUUGGUGUCGAGCGGACAAAGAAACACGGAGGUCAAUGCAAGUCAAACUCAAGUCGGUCGAGGCGCUGCGCCAGGAUACAGCUGUUCCACACUCUCCCGCCGAGUCCAAUCUUGAGAACAGUGAAAGAAACAGUCAAGGAGCUCAGUCGCCACCAGGCUUGGACAACGAUGUCGAAUCCAGUGUUGAGGACUUUGAUAUGCCGAGGACACCGCAGUACGCAACCGUGGUCCCAUCAUCCUUUUUCUCUGCUAUCAACAUGGACACGGAGACAUUCCAUAUGAAGGACAACGAGGUUCUGCACAGCGCCAUAGCUGAUCUCCCUUUGCUGACACCGUUCGACGAGGAUGAGGACUCUGCCCAUCUGACUAUCAAACGUCCGACUCCCGCAGUAUCAAAGUUUUGUUCAGCCAAGUUGAUGAUCGAUGUUAGCGGCCCGCCGAAGAAGAGAAGCCGAUAUGAUUACAGCGAUGAGGAUGAUGCGAUGGAAGAGCCCUCACUGCCUGCCGCGAAGAGGCCACGCGCAAGUCAAGAUGACUCUGGUUUGCGACCUGAGCAGACAGACGUUGCCCUCUUCGAGCCCGAGAACAAGCUUUUGCGAAGUAGACUGCACCAAAAUACGGCGUUCCGGCCUCCGUCCGAGUUUCAGAUGCCAUCUUCGCAAUUCUAUGAAUUCAGAACAGCAUCUCAAUGGACAGAAGAGGAUCAGCAAACCCUGCGUCGUCUUGCCAAAGAGUAUUCUUUCAAUUGGUCUCUUAUCGCAGACAACCUAUCAUUGUCAUCCAGAUUCACCAGCGCAUCUGAUAGACGUACGCCAUGGGAGUGCUUUGAACGUUGGGUCGAGCUAGAAAGUCUGCCGAACGAGAUGCGAAAGACUCUCUACUUCAAGACUUGGAAUCAACGACUCGAGGGAGCAAAUCGAAACAAUGAAGCCAAGUACCAACAACAGAUGGCACAGCUUGCACAGACCCCAGGCCAGCCUCCGACAAUCAUGCGAAAAAAGACGACGCCAUUUAAAGUUGACAAACGCAGACAGAAUCGAUACUUGCACAUGGUGGACGCGAUGCGGAAACUGGCUAGGAAGCGGGAGCAACAGGCCCACAAGCAAGCCGAAGCUCAAAAAGCCGCUCACAUGCGCAAACAGCACGAAAACGCAGCACCAAAGAAUGGGAUUCCCACUCCUCAAGAAUUUAGUAAAAUGCGCCAGGAACGGGAUGUCCAAGUUCACGCACGGCAAGAACGUUACAGAGAGCAAAUGCUCGUGCAACAACGCGUAUGUCGUUUGUCAUCGUUCGAUCCUCUACCAGUGCUUACAAGUUUACAGCAGGCUCAAAUGCAACGCAACGGCCAGAUGCCGACCCAGCAAGCUCACCCCAAUGCUAAUCCUCACAACCGUACCGGACCUAACAUGCCUCAUCCGCAAAACUCUCAAACGCAACCUGGGGGUCCACAACAGAUGAAUCAUCAAGGUCUGCCGAACGGACAAAUCCCUAGUGCUGCUGCGCAGGGAGGCGCGCAUCUUAAUAAUCCACAAAUGGGCAUGCGCGGAGGGAUACCACAAGCGCAAAUGCAACCCAACAUGCGCCCUGUGGCUAAUGGCCAAGCUCAUGGCACGCCAGAUGGGAUGCAGCAAAGAGUGCUUGAGGCGCAAAGAGCAAACCAACUCAAGAUGAAUGGUCAGCAAUAUCAAAUGGCGCCACCGAAUCGAGCAAGUCCUGGAGGUAUGCAUCCACCGAAUGGGGUGGGUAAUCAGUCUGCAAUGAACGGCAUGCAAAACAUCCGUACUCCUGGACCCCAAAACCAGAACCAUCAGUCGACCGCUAAUGGCAACGCUGUCGCUUCACCACACAUGCCACCACCACCAACUCCGACAAACCAGUCGCAACAAUCGCAGCAACUUGCCAAUGGACUUGUCCCGAACAUCACGUCAAUCACUCACCAGCUCCAGGCACAGUUCCCACAAGCUUCGGCAGAAAAGAUUCAGGAGCUGGCGACCGAACGCUUGCGACAGAUUCACUUGCAAGGACAGCACCAGCAAUCACAUCAGCAGGCUCGUCAGAGUGCGCUCAGCGCCGCUGCCGGAACACAUGCCGCGAAUAUUGCGCCAAACGGCUCGCCCGCUUACAGUCAAAACCAAGCAGCCUUCCACCAGAACAACGGCGGUGGUCAACACACGGCCUUCAAUACCAAUGGUAAUAACACAACAGGUAAUGCAGGCAAUCCUGCUGCACAGCAGUAUGCUGCCGGUAUGCGACAACGCGUUUUGGCUCAACAGAGCCAGAUGCAACAUCAAAACUCCUCCAUACAGAACAGCGGCAGCCCGCGUGUAGCACAGGCCAGUCCAGUACCGGGCAUGGCGGUCCCCAGUCCGAACAUGGCUCCUGCUCACCCGGCGCAGAGUAUGCCUCUGAACGCCAAUAACCGUACACCAACUCCUCAGAUGACAAGGCUGGGCAGCGGUCAAGGGGCCGCGGCUCCAGGAACGCCUCAGCCAGGAUCUCAGUUGCAGCAAACGUCGUCAGCAAUGCAGCGACAAAGCCCCGUCGUUCAACAGGCCAGUCCAAGGCCUGUCUCUGCUGGUGUUGCGAGACAAUAA